CCCGGGAGCGCAGCGAUGGAGGCGCGAGGGGCCCGGGGCGCGCUCGCCGGCUUCCUGCGGGCGCUCUGCGUCCUGGGCUGCCUGCUGGGCCGCGCCACCGCCCCGCCGUCGCCCGUCAUCAAGUUCCCCGGCGAUGUCGCCCCCAAAACGGACAAAGAGCUGGCGGUGCAAUACCUGAAUACCUUCUACGGCUGCCCCAAGGACAGUUGCAACCUGUUUGUGCUGAAGGACACCCUCAAGAAGAUGCAGAAGUUCUUCGGGCUGCCCCAGACAGGUGAACUGGACCAGAGCACCAUCGAGACCAUGCGGAAGCCGCGCUGUGGCAACCCGGAUGUGGCCAACUAUAACUUCUUCCCCCGCAAGCCCAAGUGGGACAAGAAUCAAAUCACAUACAGGAUCAUCGGCUACACGCCUGACCUGGAUCCGGAGACGGUGGACGAUGCCUUCGCGCGCGCCUUCCAAGUCUGGAGUAACGUGACCCCGCUGCGGUUUUCUCGAAUCCACGAUGGAGAAGCUGACAUCAUGAUCAACUUUGGCCGCUGGGAGCAUGGAGACGGAUACCCGUUUGAUGGCAAGGACGGGCUCCUGGCUCAUGCCUUUGCUCCGGGCACUGGUGUUGGGGGAGACUCCCACUUUGAUGAUGAUGAGCUGUGGACCCUGGGAGAAGGUCAAGUGGUCCGUGUGAAAUAUGGCAAUGCCGAUGGGGAGUACUGCAAGUUCCCCUUCCUGUUCAAUGGCAAGGAGUACACCAGCUGCACAGACACCGGUCGCAGCGAUGGCUUCCUCUGGUGUUCCACCACCUACAACUUCGAGAAGGAUGGCAAGUACGGCUUCUGCCCCCAUGAAGCCCUGUUCACCAUGGGUGGCAACGCUGAUGGACAGCCCUGCAAGUUCCCGUUCCGCUUCCAAGGCACAUCCUACAACAGCUGCACCACGGAAGGCCGCACGGACGGCUACCGCUGGUGCGGCACCACUGAGGACUACGACCGCGACAAGAAGUAUGGCUUCUGCCCCGAGACUGCCAUGUCUACUAUUGGCGGGAACUCGGAAGGCGCCCCCUGUGUCUUCCCCUUCACCUUCCUGGGCAACAAGUAUGAGAGCUGCACCAGCGCCGGCCGCAGUGAUGGCAAGAUGUGGUGCGCGACCUCAACCAACUACGACGAUGACCGCAAGUGGGGCUUCUGCCCUGACCAAGGUUACAGCCUGUUCCUGGUGGCAGCCCAUGAAUUUGGCCACGCCAUGGGGCUGGAGCACUCCCAGGACCCCGGGGCCCUGAUGGCCCCCAUUUACACCUACACGAAGAACUUCCGCCUGUCACAGGACGACAUCAAGGGCAUUCAAGAGCUCUACGGGGCCUCCCCCGACGCCGGCACGGAUGCUGGCACCGGCCCCACUCCCACGCUGGGACCUGUCACUCCUGAGAUCUGCACACAGGACAUCGUCUUCGAUGGCAUCGCUCAGAUCCGUGGUGAGAUCUUCUUCUUCAAGGACCGGUUCAUUUGGCGGACAGUGACACCGGGUGACAAGCCCACGGGACCCCUGCUGGUGGCCACCUUCUGGCCUGAGCUCCCGGAGAAGAUCGACGCUGUGUACGAGGCUCCCCAGGAGGAGAAGGCCGUGUUCUUUGCAGGCAACGAGUACUGGGUGUAUUCGGCCAGCACCCUGGAGCGAGGGUACCCCAAGCCUCUGACCAGCCUGGGGCUGCCCCCCGAUGUCCAGCGAGUGGAUGCGGCCUUCAACUGGAGCAAGAACAAGAAGACGUACAUCUUUGCUGGAGACAAGUUCUGGAGAUACAAUGAGGUGAAGAAGAAGAUGGACCCCGGCUUCCCUCGGCUCAUCGCGGACGCCUGGAACGCCAUCCCCGACCACCUGGAUGCUGUGGUGGACCUGCAGGGCAGUGGUCACAGCUACUUCUUCAAGGGCACGUAUUACCUGAAGUUCGAGAACCAAAGUCUGAAGAGCGUGAAGGUCGGAAGCAUCAAGACGGACUGGCUGGGCUGCUGAGCCGGCCCUGGGCCCCGAGCACCAGACGGAGCCCCGGGGGCCUGGCCGCCGUGCCUGCACUCCCGUAGUUAAUCAGCCUUCUCACCCCCACCUGAUAAUCUAAGAUUCCAGAGAGCGGCUCUACCCCGUGCCCAAGGCAAGGUGCUGGCUGUUUCCCUCCCCGGUGCCCCUUCCCCUCCAAUCCCGUCAACCCUCAGAGCCACCCCCAAAGAGAUACUUUGGUCUUUACAAUGCGGCCCUGCCUUGGGCUGCCCUGGUGCUGCCACACUUGAGACUCAUCUCCCUCCACAACCUUCGGUGGCUCACGGCACCCUCGGAGCCAACAGGGACUAUCUCAGCAGGGCACUGGUGGCCCGACAGCCUGGCACGGGGCAGUGGGAUAAGGGCACAGCCAGGUGGCCACCCCAGACACCUGGCUUCUCACUGCUGGCUGCCAUAGAGCCUCCCCCGCAUUAGCAGUUUGCUUUGUAUGCACUUUGUUGUUAUUUUUCCACUUUGAAACUGCAUUUCCUGACACAAGGACUCAGGUCAUCUGAGGUCACUGCACGGUGCGGCGCAGCCCGCCUAGCCAAGCUCCUUUGUUCACUCUGCCCAGCCGCUGCCUCCACUGGAUGGAGGAAAACCCAGUCAUGGCUCCCUGCUCCGCCCUCCCCGCUGUCCCUUCAACCGUUCCCCAUGGGAAAUGUCGCCAGGUGUGAAUAAAGACACCAGCUGAGUGGCAGUGUUUGCAUCCGUUUUAGCCGAGAGCUGCCACAGCCCCACAAAGAAGAAACUUACAACAUCUGACUCUGCUUCCUGCAGGACACAAGUGAUGCUUGCUAGAAAGGUCAGAGCUGCCAAACUAAAUAGCAAGGGAGCCACAGGUGCAGGUGUGUUGGCCCGAGUCCCUUCAUCCCUUACGGAUUGAGCCCUGGAGCCCUAAGACAGCAGCAGUCCUGUGACUGCGCAAGUUCUGCUUUCUCUCUGACUCAGUUUCCUCAACAACACCACCGGUUCUAACGCUGCUGCUGACAACAGCCACCGCCAGUACAACCACCGAAAGAGGUGGGUACGAGCUGAAGCCUUAGCGAGACCCAGAGAGAAACGAUUUGCUCGGGAUCCUACAGCUAUUAGGUGACAGGGUCUAGGUCAAGGGCAAAGGAUGACCUAGAGGAGGAGCCAUGUACUCCAGAACCUCCAUCAGCAACACAUCCCCGUGCCCCAGCCACCCGCAAUAGACACACCUGGGGGGAAACAGUGUGCUUGCUUUGUAAACAGCCACUCUGAGCGGGUGAGCACCUGCUCCUUCCUCCCAGACUACCCACUCCUAAUCCCCUCCCGUACAGAAAUCCUGCAGGGGCUGCUCCAGGCCUGGGGUGGCUGGUUUUCAGAGACCCCUGCCAGCUCUGAGGUUGCAUAGCCUGUUGCCUCAGGUCCCUCCUGGUGAGGCAGGUGGAAAAGAGUGAGGAAUGGACACAUCUCUCUGGAGGUGACUUUGGUGGGGUCCUAAUCGCCUUUUCUCCCCUGCUGGCCUGCCCACCGGCUCAAGUUCUUGAGUGCCUGGAGUGCCAGCCCUUCUGCAUGGUGUGCCAGCCCCGACUGGAAGCUUCCAUCCUGACUACAAUAUUAUUAUAUUAUUGAGGUUCUCUGUUAGGAGAAUUAAAAGGUGCCGUGUCUUGAGUGCUUUUCUACACUG